AUUGAUGAUGCAUUGAGACCAUGUAUAAGCCGUUCUAGACGCUUGCGUGACAAAGAUAGAUCCAGCAUAAAUUAUCUUUCAACUUAAGUCACGCAAUGUUGUCAAUAGCAAUACUAUCACGCUGUGUAGCCGCUUUAUUCAUAUUUUCUUCUGCGACUCAAAUCCGCUCUAAACGCCAGAAACUCUACAACCUUUGGAAUACAAGCCUGACUUAACCCUUUCAAAAUGUCCGAGGGAAAUCAAAGCGAAACAACCGGGACAAGCGAUUGCAAGCACGAACUCUCCAAUGAGUAUGGUGAUGAUUGGGAAUUUAGCUUCAAAAACCCAAACGUGCUUCCUUGGGAAGUGCGAGGUCCCCAUCCUUUGCUUGUAAAGCACAAGGAUGAUAUCACCCAAGGAAGAUCAGGCCUGAAAGUCCUCGUUCCGUUAUGUGGACGGUCGGAUGACAUGCCAUGGUUUGUAGACGAAGGGCAUUCGGUCGUUGGGGUCGAAUACGAUGCUGAGGGCUGCGAGGGCUUUUUCCAAGUACAAGGCCUAGAGUUUACAUGUUCUGAGCUUGGAGAAGGAGGGAAUAAAGUGUACAAAGCGAAGGGGAAAGACAUUACUCUUUAUCAGUGUAAUUUCUUCCAUCUAUUAGAUUUAGCCCCUGAAUUGAAGUCUUCCUUUGAUGUGAUUUGGGACCGAGCCGCAAUUCGCACCACUGUGGCAGUUGAAGAUCCCAAAGAAGGGAUCCAGGCCUAUGUCAACUACAUGCUAGAAUUACUGGCUAGAGGGGGCGUAUUUGCGGUGGAAAAUACUCGUUUUGACACCAAGAGAUACACGGAAAUGGCCGCUUUAGCUGGGCUUGUAAGCGACCAGAUGAUUGCCAAGAUUUGUGGAGAUAAAUGGGAUAUUAAAAAGCUAGCUCAAGUUGAACUGAAAGUCGGGGAAGCUUUUGAGCCUGUCUAUAAAGAGAUGGAACACGAUGUCGUUCUGCAUAUAUUAACUCCCAGACAAUAAGCAAACAGCACACACCUGGGGCAAACUUUGUAAAAUUCGCAUGGGAGAUAAUAAAAGUGCCACGAACCAUGAGAUAUUUUAAUUAACGCCGUUUAAUUAAGCACAUGCGUGUUUGUAAGCCUGGAACAUAUUGAGUAAAAUUUGUAGCUGCUAGCCUCUGCAUAAAUAUCUAUAUCGUGUUAUGUAGUUAUUAAAGCAUAACAAAUAAAUUAGAACAUUAAAUUAG